AUGUCUUCAGCUGGACUCUCUCGUAUUCACCAUGAUCGCAUGGAAGCUGAACGCUUGAGAGAACAACAAGCCCAUGAUCAAUGCCUUUUGCUUGCCGCUGUAAUGAUGGUCGCAGCGCUGGGCUCAGAACCAGCUAUUUUGAUACUGAUGUCAAACAGUAUUUGUCCAAUGCACUUCCGACUACCCCUGUUACAAGAACAUCUAGAUGCUUGGGCCCCUACCAUUUUUCUCCUCAUCCUUCUCGUAUCAGCCCUCGCAUCAUACCUUUACCCCGACCUCACCCUUGUUAUCCUUGUCAUCCUCGCAUUCCCGUUCGCCCUCUACCUGUCGCUUCAGCAGAGCCAGUACAUCUGGCCGGAUGCUUUCGCUGACAAAGCAUACCCAUGCUCCGUUCCACCACCUGACUGA